AUGUUGCUCGCCUCCUACGCCUCCCUCCUCUGUCUGCUUCUCAAGGGCUUUCAGACCACAGAGGCUACAACCAGCAACGACAGCCCUUUUCGGCGCCUGGCUCCAAACAAUGCUGACUUUGCCUUCCGUGUUUUUAAGAACCUAACAACCUUGAAUCCCAACAAGGACGUCUUGAUCUCCCCUAUUAGCAUUUCUAUGACCUUGUCUAUGCUGACUCUGGGUGCUGGCAGCUACUCAAGCAGUGAGCUGUUUAAAAGCCUUGGCUUUGACUUCUUCGGUGAAGUACCGGAAUUUGAUAUUCAUAAGAGUUUCCAGGAACUUUAUACACUGCUCAGGAUGUCAGACAGCAGUUUGAAAAUGAUCAUGGGCAGCACCUUGUUCCACAAUGAGACCCUGAAUAUCUGGAAGGUAUUCCCAGUCCACGCCCGCCACUACUACGGGUUGCAAGACGUGACGUUAGAUUUCCAGGCCUCGACAAAACCCAGCAGUCAAGUCAACGAGUAUCUGAAGAAGGAAACACAGGGGGGAUCCUCAGACUUAUUCUUAGAGAUCGAGAGCCCAGACACCCUCAUCCUGAUCAAUUAUGUCUUCUUCUCAGGCACAUGGGAAAAGGCCUUCAACCCAGAAGACACCAGGAUGGAGGACUUCUUUUUGAAUGAAAAGACUGUGGUGAAGGUGCCCAUGAUGUUCCAAUUCAAUGAAAUCAAGUACCUGUAUGACUCGGAGUUGAAAUGCAUGCUGGUGAAACUGGAGUACAUGGGCAACGGUGCUGCCUUCUUCAUCCUCCCCGAUAACAAGAAUACAGACAUGAUCAUCCAGUCGCUGAGCCGAGACAGACUUGCUAAGUGGGACAUGUCCUUGGUCACCAGCAGCAAAGUAAACCUCUACAUCCCCAAACUCACCCUGUCUGGCACUAAUGACCUCGGGGAGAUCCUGAAGGCCCUGGGCCUUGAAGAUUUAAAGACCAACCAUACAGAUGCGUCCAAAAACAUGAACGCAGUCCAGAAAUUGACAGAUAUGAUAUACAAGGCCAAUCUGCAGCUCAGUGAGGCUGGCAAGGAAGCUCCCAAUACCUUCAGCUAUAUAGAAGGCCGCAAGGCUCCAGAAAUUCGCUUCAACCGUCCCUUUAUCAUCAUGGCCUUCGACCAUACCUCAUGGAGCAGCGUUUUCCUGGGCAAGAUCAUUAACCCACAGAACCACAUGGCCAUAGGAAGCCAUGAUGCCCACUAA